AUGGAUGUGAAUCUGAAGAUCGGUAUUCUGGUGUUGUGCGCCGGCAUCGCGCUGUCUCUCGCUGUUUCCUCCACGAAGGAACUUCUCGACUGUCGCGCCAACUUGACCGCGGCGAUCAGGAACGACACGACGUUCAUGCGGAAGGUGCGUCAGUCGGAUUACAUUUUCACCGGGAAAAUCAAGGACUCGAGGAACGGACAGUUGCACGUGCGCGUUAAGAGGGCGAUCAAGGGUGUGCUGAACGCCACCCUGGACCUCGCGUUGAACGACACAUGCGGUCAUUACAUACGUCGCAGCUACACCGGCAUCUUCAUGGCGCGACGCGACUCCGGGAUCGGCGAUCUUCGACGCGUGGACAAGAUCGUGAUGCACUUUGGUCCCGUGCCCCUCACGCUCGCCAAUUUGGACAGGCUCAACGCUGCUGUCAGAGGCCUGUAUGUCCUUCGUCUACUGACGAUUUAUAGACUCUUACUUGGGCCUAGUCCAAGUGGUGUCAAGACAGUCUGCGAGUCGUGGGAUUCUGGUAUUAAAGGAAUAACCUUAUCCUGGGUCUUCGAACUUUGGGAAUGA